UUGAGGCGGCGGCCGCCAGGGGCUCAGUGGUGCUUGUUUUGGUGCGGGUGAGGGAUGGUCGCGCGGCCGCUCUCCCUUAUUGUAUCUCAAUAUUUAGUGGAUUACCUCUGAUGAAACUUGCAAUAUAACUCAGUAGUGAUGGAUACAGUACCAUUUAGCGAAUUCCCGCAUCAGCUGUUUGGAUGAAAUUAAGGAGCAUAGGAUGAGACAAUGAUGCUGAUGAGCAGCAGCAGCAGCACAAAAUCGGUGCAAAAGAACAUCACGUGAGGGACGGCGGCGGCAGGCCCAGCAAGCUGUGUGGUGGGUGGUGGUGGUGUGGUGGUGGAGCAGGCGGAGUGGUGAAGGUGGUUGUGCUGGUGCCGGGACCCUGCCCCCCCUGUGCUAGUGCCCCUCGUGCACAGUGUUCAGCAUACACCAAGUGAAUGUUAGGGAAAGACAAUGCGUGAGUUUAAGGUAGUGGUGCUGGGGUCGGGCGGGGUGGGUAAGUCUGCCCUUACGGUCCAGUUUGUGUCCGGGUGCUUCAUGGAGAAGUACGACCCCACCAUCGAGGACUUCUACCGUAAGGAAAUUGAAGUGGACACUUCGCCGUGUGUGUUGGAGAUCCUGGACACGGCGGGCACGGAGCAAUUUGCCUCCAUGCGAGACUUGUACAUCCGCAAUGGUCAGGGCUUCGUGGUGGUCUACUCUAUGACCAACCAUCAGACCUUCCAGGACAUUAAAGGCAUGAAGGAUCAGAUCACCCGGGUCAAGAACACCGAUCGUGUCCCGAUUCUCCUAGUCGCCAACAAGGUGGACUUGGAGCACCAGCGGGAGGUGGUGACGGCAGACGGGAUGGCCCUGGCGCACAUGUGGGGGUGCCCCUUCAUCGAGGCCUCGGCCAAGAACAGGUGUAACGUCAACGAGGUUUUCGCCGAGAUCGUUCGCGAAAUGAACGUCAAUCCCGGCAAGAAGGACACCGGCAACUACUGCUGCUGCGUCCUCCUCUAACAACCAGCCAUACAUGAUAGACAUUUGAAGACAAUAUCUUCCUUGGAAGUUGAAUUUGAACAGGCCCUCCUUACCAGUGAAGACAGUCCAUCAGACCUUCACGUCUUCAGUGAAGAUGUUAUUUCUUGGUACCUUUUGCUGUUCCACCCUGUAUUGACAACAGUGAGGGCAGUUUUGCUACUGAUUGACACCCUACACAAUGGUUGAAAUGCAAGUUUUCAUGUGGACAGCACUGAAGACCCACCACCUUGAAAUCACAGUAAUAUGGAAGAUCUACAUUAUCAAUGAGGCAAUUUAGAGGCCUGAUCUUGCACUGCAAGACAUGUCAAUGCACAUGUUCUUAAUCUGAUAACACUCUGGUCUAGUAUCUUAUCAGGCUAGCAGUGAAUAUCUAUUACUGUCCUGUUAAUCUUAAGAUCAGUAUAGCCACAAGUGUUGUCAGCAAUAUCCUUCGUAUAAGCUGAAGCUUUUUGUGAUUUAUAAUUGUUGCAAUAUGCAAAUAAAAAUGUAUAGUGUAGCAAAAUAACAUCUGAAAUAUGUGUGAUUUAAGGUUUGAUGCUGUAUCUUGUGAAUUCUGAAAAGUGCUUGUUGGCUUGACUUCUGGAAACACAUCUUGAAUAUGAAUUGCAGAAAUUGUGAGAUUCACAAUAUAAGUUUCAGUGCAGUAUUUUGAGCAAGAUUCUUUUGACCAGCUGGUAUGCAGCAUUAUAAUGAUCCAGCUAGUGUUAAGUGAAAUGUCUGACCUGGCUCGAGGGACCUUUUAGGAGAUUGAUGUUCUGUGACCUGUGGCUCUCGUGAGACCCGAAGAGAGAUUGGCCUUACACAGGGAGUAAAGCAGUCCAUCAAGUAUGUGAUUAUGCGCUUCCCCUCAUGCUCUGUAAAUAUAUCAUGCGCUAGUAACAAAGCUUAAGUUUGGAUGCAAUAGUCUGUUUCUUCUUGAUAAGUUUGUUGUAAUAUUAUCCAUUGUAUAUAUUAUUGCUCAGCACAAAGGGAUUUUAAAUUUCAUUGCCUUGGCAAGACCACCAUAAUUUUUUCUUUUAACUUGAAUCAGAGCAAACCUCAUGCAAAUGAAAUUAUACUCUAAGUUUCUAAUUCUGCUUUCACUUUUUUCUCAUUUAUUUUGCACAUGCUUUGAUAGAAGUAAUAAUAUUUGCCAGUAGCACAAAUUACAUAUCUGUUGGUGGACGGUGUAAAAGAUGUGAAGCAAAGUGAAAUCCCUUUUGAAGAUGCUGUGUAUUUUUCAAUGAAAACUUUAUUAUGGUGCAGUGCUAAUGACAAUGGUAGUGAGACAAAGUUUAGAGAAGUGAUAUGUACCAAAGUUCUAUUGAAACAUGAGGUUAUCUUAAGCAAACAUUGCUCUAUGUGUAGAUUUUAAUCACAGAUUGUAUGAAUAUUGUGUUGCUUGUAUAAGAAAGUUCUGCCUCAUUUGGUGAAGCAAAUCUUUUUUUUUUAUCCUUUAUACAUAUAUAAAGCCCCAUACAUUGGACAGCUUUCUUUUGUUAUAAUGUCCAUUACAGUACUCUGAUUUUACCAUUUGGCAUCCUUACUGUCUGUCUUAAUUUGAACUUACAAAUGUUAAUUUCAGCUUUGUCCACUCGUAUGUUUAUUUUAUUGUGGCAAAGGCAGUACCUCAUCCUAUUCUAUUUUGCUUAGAGCAACACCAAAAGAACUUUUUUGGUAUACUUGGCACACUGGUCUCACUUUUUUUUUUUUUAAUUUUUUGUGUAUUAAUGGAAUGUCUGCAUUACCUACUGGUACCACUUUAAAUUCCAUCAUUACUGUGCUGUUAAACAUGCCUCCUUGUUAUAAUAGAUUUUUAAAUUCACGUUAAUCUCAAAUCUGAAUUCCCUAUAAUUUUUGUUUUGAUUCUUUUAUUUCAUCUUUUUAGUGGAAAUAUUUACAAAGAUGAUAAAUUAAUAUAGUAAAUCUAUACAUCGUUAGGAUCCAUUUGUUAAAGUGGCCAGAAUAUAGGGCAACAUUUUCCUGACUAAGUAUCAUGGCAAUACAGGAAUUGAUGUCUACAUGGUGGUGGAUCUAACAGAAUACAUCUUUUGUGCUGUAGUGUUAAUAGAUAAGAGGAGAGUCAGCACAUAUCCUAUUAUAGAAGCCCUAAUCUUAACAUGUCCUUUAUACUUUAUAAAAAUAAAUCUUGACCACAUUGUUAGCCCAAAGUGGACUUGAAGCCAUGAGGGUAACAGCACAUUAUCUAGCAUUUACACCAUGUCUUGCGUGAGUAAUGCUCAUAUCAUUUGAAUUAUAACCUAUUCGAAUGAAUGUAUAAUUAAUUUGUUAUAAAAUAAAUGUAUUUUUAAAUAUGUUGAAUAUG